AUGGCUUCCUUAAGUGGCAAAGUGCAGACAGCUUGGGGCCUUAUGGAACCAGGUCAACUUGGCCGGACCUUAACCCAUGAACACUUGACCAUGACCUUUGACUGAAGCUACUCCCUUCCCUCUUUAGGCCAAGAAGCUUUGUCUAAGGAACCCCUUGUGAUGAAGAACUUGUUUUGGAUUCAGAAGAACCCAUAUUCCCUCAAGGAGAACAUUCAACUAAAUCAGGAGACUGAACCCAUUAAGGAAGAGUUCCUAAAUUACAAAGCUAAUGCUGGUGGGGCUCUGAUGGAAAAUACAACUGCCAGACUUAGGUUUAUGGAAGAGACCGGGGUCCAUAUCAUCUCUAGGGCUGGAUUUUAUGUGGAUGUCACACAUUCUCCAGAGACCUGUGCCAUGUCAAUAGAACAGCUUACUGAUAUUCUUAUUAAUGAAAUACUACAUGCAGCUGAUGGGCCCAACAUCAAAUGUGGAGUCAUUGGAGAAAGUGGCUGCUCCUGACCUCUCACUGAAAGUGAGAAUAAGGUACUUCAGGCAACAGCCCAUGCACAGUCUCAGCUCGGAUGCCCAGCUAUCAUCCACCCUGGUAGGAAUCCACACUUACCCUUUAAGAUUGUAUGAAUCUUGCAAGAAGCUGGAGCAGACGGCUCCAAGACAGUCAUGUGUCACCUUGAAAGAGGAUAGCUACUGGUGGAUGAAGGCUAUGAAGACAAACUUCUGGUUGCUCAUGACAUACAUACUAAACAUUGGUUGGUGAAAUAUGGGGGUCAUGGCUAUUUACAUAUCCUCACUGAUAUAGUUCCUAAGAUGUUAAUCAGAGGCAUAUCUGGGGAUGCAAUUAAGAAGAUAUUAGUAGAAAACCCUAAAUGAUGGGUAACUUUCAAAUAG